UACCGCGCUCUUUUCACCCGGAAGAGGAAGAACAAAGGAGACGCACAGUGGAGGCUGUGCAGUAGAGUGCUCGAUCUUUUUUCUCUUUCGUUAUUUCGUGAAUACAUCAGGUUUCCAGUUUAUUAUCUGCAGGAGUUUUCAGUCUAGCAGGUAAAGAUGUCGGUCGUGCAGCCCAGUCGCUCUUCCACUGGCUGGCCGCGCCGCGGCGGAGAGCAGUUCGGGAGCAAAUACAUCAGCGGGCCCGCAAAACCGCUCACCCUGGAACGGACCAUUAACCUAUAUCCUCUCACUAACUACACGUUCGGAACCAAAGAGCCUCUGUAUGAGAAAGACAGCUCCGUGGCUGCCAGGUUCCAGAGGAUGCGCGAAGAGUUCGAUAAGAUGGGCAUGCGUCGGACAGUAGAGGGCGUCCUCAUCGUCCACGAGCACAGGCUGCCUCACGUGCUGCUUCUGCAGCUGGGCACGACGUUCUUCAAGCUGCCUGGUGGGGAACUGAAUCCUGGAGAAGAUGAGGUGGAGGGUCUGAAACGUUUGAUGACCGAGAUUCUUGGGCGGCAGGACGGGGUGAAGCAGGACUGGGUGAUAGAUGACUGUAUCGGAAACUGGUGGCGUCCCAACUUUGAGCCUCCACAGUACCCGUAUAUUCCAGCUCACAUCACUAAACCUAAGGAGCAUAAAAAGCUCUUCUUGGUUCAGCUGCAGGAGAAAGCAUUAUUCGCCGUUCCCAAAAACUAUAAGCUGGUAGCUGCUCCGUUGUUUGAACUGUACGACAACGCUCCUGGAUACGGACCAAUUAUUUCCAGUCUACCACAGCUACUCAGCAGGUUCAACUUUAUCUACAACUAACCUGAACAGCAGUGUGGCUGUCUCUGUGAGUGCAGCCAGAAGCGUUGUGCUGAAAAGGACUUCAUCUCUGGUUUAUCUUUUACAAAACAAACACCUGUCAUGUCUGGUAAAUGGAAAGGUUACAGGGAUGUUACUGCUAUUGUCAGGAGAAAAUCAUAAUGUAUGAGUUUUUGUUUUAUUUUUUAAACUUGUGAAACUGCAACUUUUUGUAGUAUGCAGGCCUCUAUUCCAGAAUCUGGUUUUAUGUUUGCCCAAAGGAUGCCAAUGUUUGAUUAAAAAAAAUUACAACAUUGUGUUUCCUGUUGUUUUAACCUGUAACAAUUCUGUCUUUUUAAAAAUAAAGCUGUGUUUUGAGUA